AUGGGUCAAGAUUCCGCCCAUUCCGUCUCCUCUUUUGGAAGAGCCCUCAAACGACCGGCUUCCGUAAGCCUAUACACUGCAAUCGACACCAGACGACCGAAAGUGCGGCGUACAUCCUUCUCAAGUCUUGCCCCGUCGACACCCAAUCUGUCGGAUCUCGACGACGAAAAUGACGACGACGAAGAUGGCGCGUACGAAACCAGUCUGCGACACUUUGCGCUGAGGGUAGAAGCUCUACAGGAUUCCAUCACUCUCCCCCCUUCCGGUAUCGCACUCCCGGGUACGACCGCCCAACGAGUUACCGCGCCUGACUAUCGUAUCGCGCUCGACUUUGGCACCACGUAUACGACCAUAGCAUUUGCCAAGAAAGGCGAGCCUCAAGCGUCAAUCCAUACCAUCGAUGGCUUCCUAGAAGACCGCUGCCUAUCACUUAACGGCAGACAAGUACCGACCGAGAGCGUCUAUAUUCGGGUUCCGUCGAAAAGCGCCACAUCGUUGACCAAACAUCGCCGCAAGACCAGUCCGGUGCGAUUUCGACGACUGCACGGUUGGGAGGCACAACGAUGGCUAGAGACUCCGCAGCCAAACGAAGAGCUCAUUGCGCACAUACGAAGGAUGAAACUCCUUCUCGACAACGGCACCUGGACCCAGGAUGCGAAGAGCGACGCCCAAAAGCAAGUGGCGAGACUUAAGGCACAUCGUUUGGUGCAUUCGGAGCGAGACAUCAUACAACACAUCUUGAAGUAUUACCUUGAGCACAUAAGGAAGACUUUAGCAAGAGACUAUGGCUUCGACAAUCGUAGUUCUGUGGAACUCACCUUCUGCGUACCAGUCUGCUGGACGUCUAUGGCGAACGCUGUUAUGAGCGACUGCAUCGAGACAGCCAUGCGAGAUUCGGCCUUCGGACUGGACAGAGACGAGAGUGGAGACUACUCAGUCAACCUGUUCAUGGUCAAUGAAGCCGAGGCAGGCGCGUCGUACGCGCUUGCAUCUAACGCAAGCCAUGCCACUAUCAAGCGCAAGCAGGUAUUCCUCAUCAUCGAUUGCGGCGGUGGUACAACUGAUCUCGGCAUAUAUCGAACAAUGGAGCAGCACCCUUUACGUCUUGAGCGGGAAAUAAACCCGCCUUCGGGUUCGUUGGCGCCAUGGACUACGGAGCGCAAUGGAUGUUAA